UCUUGGUGCGUUUUCUAUCAGUGUCAGGAGCCUAGUUUUAUGCCAUCCAUCCCCCUUCAUUAUUAUCUCUUCUUCUCUCACUCUCACCCUCACUGUAAGAACAAUUCACAAACACCCUUCAACACUUUUUAUAGCUAAUUAGUUGAACAGCCACAAAAACAUACAGAUGGGUGGCACUGUUGGCAAGAGUGAGAGGAAGUGUGCUGAAAAAUGUGUAAGGAAUUUGAAGGAGAAAGUGAGAGUUUUGCAAGAGGAAAUAAAGGAGAUGAUGUGCGAGAGGGAGAAGGAGAGUAGGAGCUAUGAGAGAGACAUAAUGGUGUUUACUUUUAAGGAGGCAGAUUGGAAGCAAGAGGGGAAGAGGCUGAGAGAGGAAGUGAAGCAGUUGAGGAAAAUGGUGGAAGAGAAGGAUGAGAAGAUCAGAGAGAUGGAAGUUGGAAUGAUGGAGAAGAAUUGUGAGAAAGAGUGGGAAUUGAUGGGAACUAAACUCUUGGUUGAGCAAAUGAAGGAGGAAAGAGCAAGGAGAGAUGAAGCUGUUGAGAAGUGGAAGCAACUUUAUCUUGCAAUUAAGGCUGAGCUUGAUGACCUCAUUCAGAGGACAUAUGAUGGGGAUGGUCUGUAUUGGAAAGCAGAGGAGAAUGACAUUCAAAUGGAAAAUCUGAAGAGGGAAGUUCAAGAAAAGGAAGAAACCAUCAAGGUCUUAAAAGCUCAAUUAGUUUCAAUGGAGAAAGAAAAGUACAAAAAGGAGAGGGAGUUUGACUUGUUAAGGCAAAGCUUGAGAAUCAUGAAUGGCAAGAAGAAUUCAAUUCAAACAAAAGAGAAGCUCUUGAAAACCAAAUUGGGAAAAUGACAUGCAAAUAUGGUGCAUAAACACUUGGUUUCACAACCAAAAUUGAACAAUGUGGUUGAGUAUGUAUUAUUUAUACUGGGUUGGCUUGUAUCUUGCAACAGCACCUAUUUAUUUUCCUUUUUAUUUUCCCCACUCCUCCUUUGCCUGCAUAAAAAUAAUCAAGUCAAAAAGAAAAGAAAAAGAAAACAUGAAA